CACCCGAGACUCCAACAACCCGCCAUCCAGGACAUCCGAAACAUUGGAAUCAUUGCUCAUGUUGAUGCAGUAAGAACAGGAUUCCUUUUCUUCCUUUUCUACUCGAGCUGCAUGCGGAGCGAGCUGACGGGGAGCACUAGGGGAAAACCACCACCACCGAACGAAUGCUCUACUACAGUGGUGUGACCCAUCGAAUUGGCGACGUUAACGCUGGAAAUACGGUAACUGAUUUCCUGGAGCUUGAGCGGGAGCGUGGUAUCACAAUCCAAUCGGCGGCCAUUACUUUCCAUUGGCCGUUGCCCGAGGCGUGCCAAUCAGCUCCUGUCGAAGUCAGGCCCAAAGUGAUUAACCUCAUCGACACGCCAGGACACCAAGACUUCAGGUUCGAGGUUGACCGGUGUCUGCCCAUCCUCGACGGUGCGGUAUGCAUCAUUGACUCCGUGAAGGGCGUUGAAGCUCAUACGGAGAGGGUGUGGGCAUCCGCCCAGGAACGUGCCAUUCCAUGCAUCGUUUAUGUGAACAAGCUGGACAGAGACGGCGCCUCGUUUCGGAAAUCGGUUCUUGAGGUCGCCUCACGGCUCCGUGGCUGGCCUCUUGUUUGUCAGAUCCCAUGGUGGGAACGGGAUCAGUUCGUCGGCGUCAUUGACGUGAUCGACAGGGUGGGUUACCGAUGGAAGUCCGAAAAGCAAAAGACCAGCUACCGGGGCGAAGCCUUGGAGCGUGCCCUAGCGGGCAACCACAGCCUACUCGAGGAGAUGGAAACGGCUCGCGAGAAGCUGCUUGAGGGCUUGGCCGAGUUUGACGAGGCCAUCAUGGAACUGUUUGCCAACGACCCCAGCCUUAUCACUAGUCAGGCCAUCAAGGAAGCAAUUCGCCGCACGAUCCGUCAUGGCGGCGGCAAGGCGGUCCCCAUACUAGCAGGCGCCAGUUUUCGUCAUAUUGGGGUCGAACCACUCAUGGACGCCGUGGUGGACUAUCUCCCGAGUCCGGAUGAGCGGCCAGAACUGCAGGUUCAUGAUGGGGAUAGCAAGCAGAGCCAGAGCCUCUCCGAGUUCCUGGAGGCCCAUCAGGGGAAGAAGGGGAAGAAGGGGAAGCAGCGUCUCGCAGCAAUUGCUUCCGUCUUCAAGGUCUUCAACCACCCCAAGGAGGGGAUGUUGAGCUUCGUCCGGGUCUAUCAUGGCGAACUCCAUCGUAACGCUUCACCGUGGAAUACGCACUCUCUCGUGUCCGAGGCGCCCCUCGGCCUACUUCAGAUCUCCGCAGCCAAGACCGAAGGGGUACAAGUUCUGUCGGAAGGGCAAAUUGGCGCUAUGAAGGGCUUGAAAAAGGCGCGCACUGGAGAUACGCUUAUCACGACCGUCACAGGCAAAGCCGUCCCUGAUGGCCUCCGACAUAUACAGGUCCGGCCGCCCGAUAUCCCGCCCGCUGUGGCUUUCCUCGCCAUGGAGCCCUACGGAAACGUGGCUGCCCAGGAACUGGAGACGGUGCUGGACCAGAUGUCGCGGCAGGACCCAAGCCUCAGGUGGAAUCGAGACGAGAAAUCCGGGCAGUUCAUCCUGCAGGGCAUGGGCAAGUUGCACCUAGAGGUUGCGGUGCAUCAACUGCGGCAAAGCAUCAAGGCACAGGUGGAUUAUGGCCCUAUUGAAGUGGAUUACAAGGAAUGUCUGACAGGACCGGCGGGGCCGCAUACUGUUGUUUUCGACAAGCCCGUUGCCGGCAAGGCUGGGAAAGUAAUAUGCACAGCUACCCUGAAGCCGUUGGCAGAUCAUCACGACAACCACCAGGCGCAACCUGAUCUGGGCGAACAGAAGGACGGAAACAUGAUUCACGUGGUCCUCGAAUCGCCGGAAGCUGGCGGUGUAUUGGAUUUCGACCCGGAAGAAGCUCGGCAGCAACUACUCAAUGGUGUCGUCGCCGCUAUGGCGAGGGGUCCCCGGCGCAGCUCCCCGGUACAAGGCUGUCAUAUCACUCUCACGGUCGACACAUCCCCCGCUUCUUUGGACUCUCCUACGGGUGGGCACUUCAGCGGCGCAGCAUACCAGGUCGUCCGGGAGUCCCUCAGACAAGCGAGCGCCAGCCACCGCGUCGGCAUCCUGGAGCCGAUCAUGCUGGUGCACAUCGGCUGUCCCGAAGCGGUGGCGGGCCAGGUCCAGCACGAUAUAAGCUCCGGCGCUGGAGGCCACGUACUCGAGAUCAAGGAUCGAUCAGCCGAGUCGAGCGGCGGGACGGUCGACUUGACCAAGGUGUACGCUCCCCCCGAUCCCUACGACAGCGUGACGUCCCUCCGGGAGAAGAAGUCCACUCGCGUGGUGGAGAUCGUUGCGAAGGUUCCUUUCAAGGAGGUCCUGGAUUUCGAUCAAAAGCUGCGGAGCAAGACGGGCGGGCGACACAGCAUGACCAUGGCAUUCGACAGCUUUGCUCGGGUCGUGGGGCCACGAGAGAAAGAUCUAUGAAAGCGAGGGUGAUAAGCUAGAAGGGCAAAAGUCUUACUGUAAAUUAUAUUUCAAAGGGUCUGUCACUUCCAAUUACACGCUGGUGUCGGCCUCGUCGAACAUUCGUCGAGCCGACUAGAUUACUACCUACGCGGGAGGGGGGGGAUCUGGUCAGUAUAUAGAUUAGGCUGGCUACAUAAUAAGUAGCCUAGUCAUAUCGCGUACCUCAAGAUAUUAAGACUAUUAUGACAGGGAUUUAGGGUGUCUAGGUGGCUUACUGUUUGAGGUGGUCACUAUAUCACAAUUUUUAUACUAUCACUGUAUUUAGUAUAGUAAAUAAAAUAGAGUAACUAGGCCGGA